AUGGAUGAGGAGACCAACGUGAGCGGGAUUAACUGUUUGUCCCGGAAUGACAGCCACCGCGGGCAGGGCUCGUCCGCCGGAGUGUCCACUGCGCUGGCCAGCGUGCUGAUCUUCACCAUCGUGGUGGACAUCCUGGGGAACGUCCUCGUCAUCCUGUCCGUGUUCCGCAACAAGAAGCUCAGGAACGCAGGGAACAUCUUUGUUGUGAGCCUUUCUGUGGCAGAUCUGGUCGUGGCAGUUUACCCCUACCCUCUGGUCCUUAUGGCCAUCUUCCACAAUGACUGGACUAUGGGGGAUCUUCAUUGCCAGGCCAGCGGCUUUAUAAUGGGCUUAAGUGUCAUCGGCUCCAUCUUCAACAUCACGGCCAUUGCCCUAAAUCGCUAUUGUUACAUCUGUCACAGUCUCCACUACGACCGGCUAUACAGUCUAAGGAACACUUGCUGCUACCUGGGCCUCACCUGGCUGCUCACCGCCAUCGCCACUGUGCCCAACUUCUUUGUGGGCUCCCUACAGUAUGAUCCACGCAUCUACUCCUGCACCUUCGCCCAGACCGUCAGCUCAUACUACACCAUCUCUGUGGUGAUCAUUCACUUUCUGAUCCCCCUGCUGGUGGUGUCCUACUGCUACAUGAGGAUAUGGGUGCUGGUUAUUCAGGUGAAACAUCGGGUCAAGCCAGAGCAAAGGAUGAAAGUGAAACCAAGCGACAUGAGGAAUUUCCUGACUAUGUUUAUGGUGUUUGUGUUGUUUGCAGUGUGCUGGGCUCCACUGAACUUCAUAGGCUUGGCUGUAGCCAUCAGCCCUGUGAGGGUGGCACCCAACAUACCCGAGUGGCUAUUUGUCACGAGUUACUUCAUGGCGUACUUCAACAGCUGCCUCAAUGCAGUCAUAUACGGACUGCUUAACCAAAACUUCAGAAAGGAGUACAAGACCAUCCUCCUUGCCUUGUGCAUUCCUCGUCUCCUUCUCAUGGAGACCUCCAGGUGUGCCACAGAAGGACUGAAAAGUAAACCAUCACCUGCCAUAACAAACAAUAAUGUAGCAGAGAUAAAUGUGUAA